CUGGAGAGAAUGAGAAAAUGCAAGAUCGAACGAAGUCUGCGUAGCCGCGGAAUCAAGGAUGGCUGGAGUUCGCAUCUUAAGUAAGUCACAGUGCCGCUCAAUCUUCUCCACAGCGCAGGUCCAUGCCUCCUGGAUGGAGAAGGUCAAGGGCGUCUUCACCGGCAAAAAGACCCCUUCCGAUUCCAACGAAUCCGAAAUCAGCUCCGAUUCGUUCACGCUUCUCCGAUUUGCGGAUGAAAUGAAGAAAGCAAGAAGAGUAGGGGCGUUCAAGCAGUACGUAGUUGGUCGAAGUAGUGAAGCGACCUUUGCUGAUGCGUUCGAGAAACAGGAAGCGAUAAUUCGAUGUUUAGCAGGUUUUGACCCCACUGGAGAGAAUCUCCAGACCCCUCAAAAAAAAGAAGCAGCAAAGCAUUGUAAUUGCACAAUUUCUGAUGUGGAAAAUGCACUGUCGAAGUUCACUUGGGCUAAAGAAGCACAAAAGAAGAUAGAGAAGCUCAAGGAAGAAGGAAAACCAAUGCCAAAGAGCAUUGCUGAGGUGCAAAAGAUGGUCGGUUCAACUCCAUUGGAUUUGGCCAGGUCUAAUUUGGCCCAAAGUGGACAAGUGAGUAGGAAUGCGCUCUGUCCAUGUGGUUCCAAGAAGAGAUACAAACGGUGCUGUGGAAAGGAUUAAAGUGAUUCAGAAGUUACCUAUUCAACAAUAGAAGGGGCGGGUCGCCGGGUUCUGGUUGUUGGGAUCCCAAAAUACUAGAAUCAAUAUGCCCUGGUGCUCUGGUUUUAUUGGUUCAGUUGGACAAACUACCGGAUGCGCAGGAAAAUGAUGCGGCGAAAGGAUCAUUCCUCAAAUAGAUGCUUACCCUUUUUUUUGACGUUCACAUUGGCGGCUGUGAAUUGAUUGAAAGCGAAUUCGUUGAGUUAAUUCCUGGUUCCCUUCUCUCCACUCUCACUCAAAAAAGUGGGGAUUAAUUAUGUAUGAUUCUGAGGAUAUUUUCAUUUGACUGAAAAAUAGAGUACCUUUCAUUUCACCAAAAAAAAGAGAAAGAAAAAGAGUACCUUUCAAUAUUGACGUGGUCAUGAGUUUAAUUCUUCUAA